AAGAGAGGCGGAUAUGAGGACUGGAGCAUGUGGGUGUGUGUAUUGAAAGAGAAAGACAGAGCGAGAGAGAGAGAGACUUGCAGGCGACUUGUUUGCUGAGGAUAUUAGAUUUCUCUAUUCAUCGUCGCUAGUUCUUUCUCCUCUCUUCCAGCUCACAGAGGACGUCUGAUGUGCUGUCAAUCCCCGUUGUAGCCUCUCACUCUCGUUUUGUCUAGCCGUGGACACCGACUGGACAGCCGUGAUAUGUUCGAAACGGGGCCGGUACAUUACCACACCUUUAUUGUGCGUUGAAGCCACUGUCUGAAUAGCGAAGGGACUACCCGCGAACCGAAUAAUUCCUGAAUGGUUCAGUUGGGACUGUUUUUUACGAGUAUUUUCGUUCGUAUUUUUAUGUUCGGCAUUUUGCUCCAGAAUAAGUCUGUUUUAGAAGAUCAAGACAAGUGAAUGGCUAUACCAAUAUCAGUGGUACUGUAAACCAAGUCAUAGCCCAGAGGAGACCCUAAACAUCAUUCGAUUGUGGCUUUCUUGGACCUUACUUUUUGUGAGUAGAUUGUGGGGUAAUAUAUUGUUUUUCUCCCACGGAUCUUUGGAUUAGCAGAACUGUUGAAUUGAUACAGGCUAAUACACGUAAUACUCACCAAGAAGAAAGAUGGGGAAGAGUGCCUAGUAUCGCCAGGAGAGGAAUGCCCCAGACUGUGUGCCCAGCAGCAGGCACCAUGUUCACCCCCAGUGGCUUCAGCCCCCACCUGGCCUCCACCUGCUCUGAGGCUGACCCGGUGAUCGAGGAUGAAGGGGGCCCUCAGGAGGCCCGGGGGCCUGGGGCUUGCCUGGCCGAAGGACCCCCCAUCACCUCCGCCUCCCUGGACACCCUCAUCCAGCACCUUGUGCCCACCACAGACUACUACCCAGAGAAAGCCUAUGUGUUUACGUUCCUGCUGAGUGCUCGUCUGUUCAUCUCUCCUCCUGAGCUACUGGCCAGACUCUGUGAGACCUGCAUUAAACAACAGCAGCUGGACCAGAGUCCACUGGACAUGGCUAAAGUGAGGAAGUUUGGUCCCAAGAUCCUGCAGCUGCUAACAGAGUGGACAGAGACGUUCCCCACAGACUUCAGAGAGGAGAAGAUGGUGGGCCUGUUCAAAGACAUUAUCCACAGGAUAGCACCCUGUGAUGAGGCGUACUGGAAGACACUGAGUCAGGUCCUGCAGACCCUGAACCAGAAGCUUGCAGCCAUCGCCCAGGGAGAGGAGUGCAUCGUCAAAGUGAAUGCCUCCUCGGUAUCCUCAAUCUCUGACAAGCUGGUGGCCUUCAAGACCAAGUCUCCACCCAUCCAGAAGGAAAUGCUGUCUAUCUGCAACGACCCUUACACACUUGCACAGCAACUCACCUAUAUAGAACUGGAACACCUGAGUCACAUCGGCCCUGAAGAGUUUGUACAAGCCUUUGUUCAGAAAGACAAACUGGAUAGCACUCAGCCGUGUUUCAGUGAGCAGAAGAAGAAGACCACUAACUUGGAGGCUUAUGUCAGGUGGUUCAACAGGCUGUGCUACCUGGUGGCCACUGAGAUCUGCAUGCCUGCUAAGAAGAAGCAGAGGGCCCAGGUGAUUGAAUUCUUCAUCGAUGUGGCCAGAGAGUGCUUCAACAUCGGCAACUUCAACUCCCUCAUGGCCAUCAUCUCUGGUAUGAAUAUGAGUCCUGUGUCUCGGCUGAAGAAGACCUGGGGGAAAGCCAAGACUGCCAAGUUCUUCAUUCUGGAGCAUCAGAUGGACCCUACUGGAAACUUCUACAACUACAGAACAGCACUGAGGGGAGCUGCCCACAGGUCCCAGACUGCUAAUAGCAACAGGGAGAAGAUUGUGAUUCCCUUCUUCAGCCUACUGAUCAAAGAUAUCUACUUCCUGAAUGAGGGAUGUGCCAACCGCUUGCCCAAUGGCCAUGUUCAUUUUGCGAAAUUUGUGGAGUUGGCUCGUCAGGUGGGCGAGUUUAUGACGUGGAAACAGAUGGAGUGUCCAUUUGAGACAGACAGGAGCAUCCUACACUACCUCCACACCGCUCCCAUCUUCAGUGAGGAUGGACUCUAUCUGGCAUCCUAUGAGAGUGAGAGUCCAGAGAACCAGGUGGAGAAGGACAGAUGGAAAGCACUCAGAUCUAAUAUUCUGGGGAAGACAAAAGAGUUAAAAGAGCUAAGAGAGCACCAUGGCAGCUAACCCUCAGGCCAGCCCAGCGAGGGAGGGAGUCGGUGUACUGCACUACAACAAACUGUGAAGGAGCCUAGCUGGUACUUAGGUGUUUUUCUACACAUGAAGAAUAGAAAUGAGGAAACAAUCAUGAUGAACAGGAUUCAUCACCAACAUGACCAGUAAAAACAAGAAAAGAAGAACAAACGUCAACAAGUGGUGAAAAGUGAAGCUAUCAUGGACACUGACUGGAGUAUAAGGCCAUGGUUGGACUAUUGUACAUUGGCUACAUUGGGUACUGUAUAUUAGUGAGGGAUAGAUCUAUCCCUCCAUCUUGUUGCAUAUUUACUCUUUGGGCUCAUGUUUGCUACCAGAGUGUUCAGUUACAGUGACAGGGAAAUCUACUGCUUUUUUAAAUGAAAUUCCUACUGAAAUUGUUGUUAUAUUAUCGUAUUUCUCUAUCCUUUCUUUCACUCCCCCACUUCCUCACUCCCCUUCUCUCUCUCACACCCACACCUUAUUUUUGUUGUGAAAGUUUUCUAUUGUACUGUACGAAUCUGGUAAAAGUAAGAGUUACUAUGAUGUGAAGGGCACUGGCUUGCCCACUUACUGGCUUGCCCACUUACUGGCUUGCCCACUUACUGGCUUGCCCACUUACUGGCUUGCCCACUUGUGUUUGGUCCUCGAAAGACUACUAAUGAUGACUACUAUUGAGUACUUGCAUUGACUGGAGAAGCCUACAGCAUUAUAUCAUUCCACAUACAGUACAUAAAUACAUAGACUAUAUAGUGUGUGUCUGCAGGGCUGGCUCCAGGCAUUAGCGGACGCUUAGGGCACGCGGUCGCUAGGGGGCCCCUGGCCAAAACAUUCUGAAAAUGUUUGGUGAACUCCAUCGGGGUCUUAACUUUCUAUUGAUAGUUAAACUAGUAUAAUACACCAGGUGCAAUUUAGAAAUGUGGUUGUGCAUCAACAGUGUUUCUCUUGUUAUGUCAGUCACUCAAUUACCUGACAAUUAGCCAUCCCAAUGUUUUGAUUGGUAGUAAGUCUAGCCAGCUAUCUAAACUUGUAAUAAUCAUGGCUGAAUAAUGACCGGGCAUGUGCCCAGAGGCCCUGAUCUCCAGGGGACCUCCACUGAUUUUGUUAGUCAUUAUCACUCAGAUAUCAUAUUAACAUGUCAUUAUUCAUGGAAAAAUAUGUAGAAUUGCAGGAAAUGUGCUUUAAAACUGCUAGCCUUUCUCUCCGCCCCAUUGGAAAAUGGGUAGAAUUGCAUGAAAUUGGGUGUAAAACUGUAAAUGUUUUCACUGCGCCAUACUCAAAAUGAGUAUAAUUGCAUUAAAUGUGUUGUAAAAUUGCACAAUUUUCUCUCCGCCCCAUGGUAAAAUGUGUAUAAUUGCAAGAAAUGAAAUUCAAAGCAGACAUUUUCUCUCUGCCAUCAAGAGGGGAGCAACUAAAAUGUUUUGCCUCUCUCUUAGGGCCCCCAAAAGGCUAGAUUCAGUCGUGUGUGUGUGUGUGUGUGUGUGUGUGUGUGUGUGUGUGUGUGUGUGUGUGUGUGUGUGUGUGUGUGUGUGUGUGUGUGUGUGUGUGUGUGUGUGUGUGUGUGUGUGUGUGUGUGUGUGUGUGUGUGUGCGUGUGUAUAAUUCCCUCAUCUCAUUACAUUUGGAUGAGUUGUCAACUAUUGUGAAAUCAACAAAAAAUGUCACCAUGUCAUUGGAUUUAGGUUAAAGGUCAGGAGAAAUCCAAUGAGUUUUCCACAUUGAUUCAACAUCAUCACAUAUAUUUUUUUGUUGUUGAUUGAAAUGCUGUGGAAACAACGUUGAUUCAACCCGUUUUUGCACAGUGGGCAGGGUAUUCUCAUCGCCAUGUAUUAAUCUACUGUACCUGUACAUUUUAGGAUUGGGGGCGCUUGGGGAUAUCAGUGUUGUUUACUCCUAUGUGAAAAUGAAUUGUGCCAUGAAAACGAAAGCAAAACAAUCAAUCAUGUCCAGAGCCAGGCCUGUGUAUAGAUUGUGUAUAUAUGACUACUUUUCCCAUGUCGCCCCUGACAUCUUUCUGCUCUCCAGGAAGUAGUCUCUCUCUGACUGAUGUUCAGUUGUCUGAUAUUUAUGGAGAUUUCUGUAAUGACAGAUGUAUUUGGUUUUGUUUUGUUUUUAUUUUAUUGUAUUCCUCUAUUGAAAACAAAGUCUUCUAAAUGGCAUGCUAAAGACAGUGUUUUAAAGGGGCAUUAUAUGUAAGGUUUCACCAAUGAAAUACUGGAGGGAUUAUUGACCACUUUGGAAUAUGAGCUGUGUGAUUCCAUGUUGUUAAGAGACAGUUCGGAUUCAUUUUCAUAUGAUUGAUGUUCAAGUGAUGCAUUUAUAGCCCUUUCCUUCUUUAAACAACAAUCUCUCUCUCUCUCUCUCUCUCUCUCUCUCUCUCUCUCUCUCUCUCUCUCUCUCUCUCUCUCUCUCUCUCUCUCU